AUGCUCACCGAACACUUUAUCGCCUCGAUCUCCGCCCAAACGAAGCCAAACACUGGAGUGACCAAGGAUGCAGGUAUUUUCUUGCACGAAUACCAGCCAUUGGGCGCCCAGCGACAUGUCUUCAAGAAGAGCCAAACGGCGCCAAACGGGCUUACCGUGAGCAGCUCGCAUAUCUUUGCGGCACAGGCAGAGAAGGCGCUAGUGCAUGUGUACAGUAGGGAGAAGGGGAAUCAGGAAGCUAUUGUGCCUUUUCCUGAGAGGAUACAUAGCAUUGCACUUUCGGCAAAAGAUACGGUGCUGCUACUUGGGACCGAGAGUGGAAGGGUGUUGGCCUGGGAGACAUGUUCUGGCCGACUCGUGUCCACCUCUACCGCGCAUCUGCAACCCGUCACCUCGCUCGCUGUCGACCCAACCUCCAACUUCUUCCUCUCCGGUUCCCCCGAUGCUAUGGUGCAUGUGUGGGCUCUCCCGGCGAUUCUAUCUUUCUCGCCGGAUACCUCGCACUCGCCCAUACAUACCCUCUCAACGCACCGUGGCCCAAUCGCUUCGAUCGUGUGCGGGCACAGCUACGGUAACACCAGCAUUGCUAUAUCCACAUCGGAAGACAAGUCGGCGAUAGUAUGGGACUAUCUAAAUGGCCAAGCAUUGCGGACGUACUUGCUUCCUGAACUGCCCCAAGCAGUGGCUCUGGAUCCUGCGGAUCGGGGCUUCUAUGUAGCCUACGGUGACGGAAGCCUGCAAACAAUAGACUUCUACGAUGACGUCCAGAAGUCUACGUCAACUGACGCGCUUUUGGAUACAUCGCUCUCACACCGUCCGAUCCAGCCUUCUACGAAGACAAGGUUCAGCGCCGAGUCACAGAAGCUGGGUGCGGCCCUCAGCCUAAGCUUAAGCUGGGACGGCGCGACUGUCCUAUCAGGGCACACAAGUGGAAAAAUAGCUGCUUGGGACGUCGCGAAAGGAAGCUAUAUCUCUACGCUGACAAAUCUUCCCGGAUCCGUUACUAACCUGCAGCUCCUGGAGCCUACCGGGUUCCCCAAUGCCCCUGAGCCUACAUUCAAAAUCCAUACUGUGGUCAAACCGAAACAAGACGCCGGAAUGAUGAGCGGAAAUGCGCUCGUGCCCACAAAUUAUAGUCUGAACAUGCAAUUCACCGGCCGAUUGUCCAUUCCUCCUAUUUCUGCGACCGAGAGCAGGGCCUCGUGGAAGAGCGAGUUCGAAGAAGCGCUCACGCAUCCUAGCUUUCCCACUGCAAUGCUAGAGGAGAGUCUUGCAGAACUUGAGACUUGGAAUAGCCCACAGAAGGGCAGUGCAGCCCAAGCCGCGGACUUCCUUUCCUUAAGUGCGGAUCUUAAUGGCACGGGAGAAGAAGCUCAAGCCACGUCGAACAACGCACAGUCCGAGGAAAUCAAGGACCUCAAGAAGCAAUUAGCUAGUCUUCAGCGCAUCCAGAAGGUCACGUUCGAGCAAUUGUCCGAGCUGCGGGAAGAGAAGGAGUUCUUCAUGGACAAGGAGAAGAAGCGGUCGCAGCGUAAGCAGCGAAAAGCAAAAAAGAAGCUCGGCCUUGCAAACGGUGGUCCCGAUGCUGACGAGGAUGUGGAAAUGAGCGAAGUCUCCGAGGAAGACGCAUCAUCCGACACAGGAGAAGAAUCAGACCACAGUGACGAGGAUGGCUCAGAGGACGACUCCGCAGGCGUAGACUGA